GCGGACUGAAGGAGACACAUUCUCGAGAAUUUCCAUCAAGCGAUCCAGGGACUGUUCUAACUGCUUGUUCAGAGAUCAGACACAUCGGAGAGGGCUAUUUUAUUUACAGACCAAGAAAGCCCUUCUCCCGACUUUCGUUAGCUAAUUAAAUAUUUUCCAAGCACGUAACCAUCACUAGAUAACCAGAGAUGGUGUCUCCACCACCUUUAAUGCUGUCUUAAAAGAAGCGAAUUUCUGUUUUUUAUGCAUGAUACGAUGCAAAAGACCAAGAAGGGAUGGCCUCCUGAGUCUUUUAUGAUAACAGUCAUUGUCUGGGCUCCAUCUUCAUUCUAAGUCCUAUGAAGGCAGGGCUCAUGUCUUCCAUUGCUUAUGUAUCUACAGUUGCAUCAUUUUUGGGGGAAGACAUUCCAUUAUUGUUCCAUUGGCCUUUCCCUGACUACUGAGUCCUUUGGAUUUGAGUUAUGUCAACAGCUGCCUUAAUUACUUUGGUUAGAAGUGGUGGGAACCAGGCGAGGAGAGCGCUGCUAAGCUCCCGCCUGCUACAGGAUAACAGUCGGGUGACACCCACACGCCAGAGCUCCACUUCGGAGCCCAGGUUUUCUCGGUUUGACCCAGAUGGUAGUGGGUGUCCAGCCACCUGGGAUAAUUUUGGGAUCUGGGAUAACCGCAUUGAUGAGCCAAUUCUGCUGCCGCCCAGCAUUAAGUAUGGCAAGCCAAUACCCAAAAUCAGCUUGGAAAACGUGGGCUGCGCCUCACAGAUUGGCAAACGGAAAGAGAAUGAAGACAGAUUUGACUUUGCUCAGCUGACCGAGGAGGUCCUGUAUUUCGCGGUAUACGAUGGCCACGGAGGACCUGCCGCUGCUGACUUCUGUCACACCCACAUGGAGGAAUGCAUCAUGGAUUUGCUUCCUAAGGAGAAGAACUUGGAAACUGUGAUGACCUUGGCUUUUUUAGAAAUAGAUAAAGCCUUUGAGAGACAUGCCCACCUAUCUGCUGAUGCGACUGUUCUGGCAUCUGGUACAACUGCAACGGUAGCCCUGUUGAGAGAUGGCAUUGAACUGGUUGUAGCCAGUGUUGGUGAUAGCCGGGCUAUUUUGUGUAGAAAAGGGAAAGCCAUCAAGCUGACCACUGACCACACUCCAGAAAGAAAAGAUGAAAAGGAAAGGAUCAAGAAAAGUGGUGGUUUUGUACUUUGGAACAGUUUGGGACAGCCUCAUGUGAAUGGCAGACUUGCGAUGACAAGGAGUCUUGGAGAUUUGGAUCUUAAAAGCAGUGGUGUGACAGCAGAGCCCGAGACGAAGAGGAUCAAGCUACAUCAUGCUGAUGACAGCUUCCUGGUCCUCACUACAGAUGGAAUUAACUUCAUGGUGAACAGCCAAGAGAUUUGUGACUUUGUCAAUCAGUGCCAUGCUCCCAGCGAAGCGGCUCAUGCAGUGACUGAACAGGCGAUACAGUAUGGUGCUGAAGAUAACAGUACUGUAAUAGUAGUGCCUUUUGGUGCUUGGGGAAAAUACAAGAAUUUCGAAAUCAACUUUUCCUUCAGCAGAAGCUUUGCCUCCAGUGGACGAUGGGCCUGAUUACUUGCUGGCACUUUUGAGUUUCUGUGCAACAGUUUUUCACCAGGUAUAUCAGAAACUGAUCAGAUCAAAAGGUCAACGGUACCAGAGUGACCCUGUGACUCACUAGGUUAGUACACAAGCAGCGUCAACCUAGAAACCAUUCAUGUUGUAGUUUUUCACAAAUGCCCAUCACAUUUAUGUUCACCUGUACAUACUCAGUAUAAAUAUAUGUGUAAUUACAGCUAUUGAGAGUCUCUACUUUGAGUGAGCAUAUGAGAAGUGGUUUUGAUAUACUUGCUGAUGUUAAAUUUCUAAUUUUAAAAACUUUUAGGCAGCUCUGAGCUUCUUUUGAUCAUUUUUGUUUAUCCAUUUGAACAGGUUCUCCAAGUUUUUUUAAAGUAGUGUUUUAAAAGUUACUCAAUGUGUUAUCAGCAGGUGUUUUAAUUUUUAAUAACUAUAACAAGGAAUAAUUGUGAAAACUGAGUUCACUGUUAUUGUAUUUUGUAUCCUGGACCAUUUAACUGAUAAAUGUACCAAUGCAAAAGAAAUUAAUUCAGAUAAUAUGAUACUGCUAAAUUAUAUACAUAUUUAUAAAUGGUAUAUUUCAACUCUGUGAGCAGGUUCCUCCCUUUCCCCAAUUCAUUUCUAUUCUGUAGCUAAGGAAGCUAUAGACAUAUGACUAUUCCUUCAGAUGAGAAGAGAAUGCAUAGGCUGAGAGUCCUUUUGAUCAAAGCUAUACAAAGUGAAAUACCAGUGGUAUCAAGCAUCUUGUGUAAACUUUCAUUUGUUGUCUCUAACUCAUGUACGUAGUAUGUUUAUAUCACUUUUGUAUAGAGUAAGCAAGUUGGGUAAUUUGUCAGUAAUAAUAUCAUAUGGAGGGAUACUGCUUGAAGUUCAUGUCUACUUUUUUGCCUGUUUCUAAGACUCAUAAAAAAGGAUAAGUCUAAAACAUUCUAUAUUUCAGCUUGCUAUGUAAUUUAGGAGUAUAAAACUAUACUCCUUAUAUUUGCAUAUAAGUUUGCUGUUAAAAUGUGAAUCUCUAAAUCUGUGUUUGGAAUUAUGUCUGCAGUUUACUUUUGCAGACAGUGUAAAUUUGUUAUAUGUGUGAGUGUAUGUAUAUGUGUAUAUUUUGGAGUAACAUAAAAUUUAAAGGGAACAAUGCUGAAUAGCUCCUACAUUAGUUAGCUUUAAAUUAUCUAUAUGUGUAUACCUAAGGGCUCUUGACAAACUGGAUGCAGUGUGAUAGUGGUGAACCAAAGGUUAUCGACAGAUGAAGAAUCGUUAAGAAUGGCUUCAGGAGAUAUUUUAUGGUGGGUGACUUAUGUGGAAAACCAGGAACAGAACCUGCCUGUUGAAGCUGUAUUGUUACAUAGUAAUUUGCAUAUAAAAGAGGAUGCGAGAAAAACACCGUAUGUUCAGAAUGACAUGGAGUUUUGUUGCAGAAGAAAAGCCAAAAAGACAAAUUUGGUAUAUGCUAUAUAUCUUCAACUCUCAGUUUUCAGGGUUGACUUUUUUUCUGAUAGUUUUAUCUAAAUGCUUAUUUGAAGGAAGAGGGCUCAAGAUAUAUGUUCACAUUUUCUCACUUUUUGCUAAUGGAAGAGAAUAAAUCUUGAGUUUUCUAGCUUGUAUUAAUUAGGACUUGCUCUUUGGUCAGGGGGCAUAGUAAAGAAAUAUUUCAAUUUUUUUCAAGAAAGUUUGGUGAAACGCAGAAAAAUAUUACAGGAGAGAAUAUAGUCUCCUAUUUGUUAUCUGAAAAGUGAGGACCCAAAGGUAGACCAGGAAAGCUGGAAAACUUCCUCCUUCUUUCUGAGUCAGGUCCUGGAACAUAAAUAUGGAAGCUACAUUUAGGAGUAUGGAGACUUUCCAAACAGGCAAACAAAAACUCUGAAGCAGAAAUGAUACUUAAAGGUGUAAGUUUCAUUUUUCUUUGAAUUCUUCACAUUGCCAUUCCUCUUUUACUUUAAAAACUAAGGGUGGUAGUGAUGUUAUCAAGUUCAAAGGUCUAAGAGUCACUGAUGUGUUAAGGUGGAUAGCCAGUUUUGACAAGAGAAAUUUGUAGGGUGUGUAGGUGUUGACCAGGCAUUGCUCUCCUUUACCUCAAAAGUUUGUAAAAUGCAAAACCAGUUACCUUUGACACAAGUAAAACAUACUUGUGUUUGAUUUCCAAGCCACCGUGUCAGUUAUCUUGCAGAUUGUUUUCUUGCAGAUUGUUUUCUUCCAUAAAAGAUUAACAUCAGUGUACUAGGCUUCUAAGUCUACUAUUGGGUAUUAUACAAAUGGUAGUGAAUAAAAGGACCUAUAUAGUUUUGUUUAGCUAUAACUAAAUUUGCCAUGUGGCUAUUAUCAUGUAGAUUUAGGUAUGGCAUAAAUUAUACUAAUGUAAUUAAAUUUCAGUCACUUCUA